AUGUCAAUACUUUAUAAACCAAAAAUUCUAACAGUUCGUUGGGAUGCUCCAUUUGGCUGGUUGGUCUCGGAUCUCGUCGAGGAUGGUUAUGCUCGGAAGCAUGAAAAUUGCUCACUACAUACCUCAAAUCAUUCGCAGUAUUUCCAAAUUAUCGAUAAUAGAUUACUUGUCCAAAGUCCCAUCAAACAUCUUCAAGGUCGAACGAUAGCUAUCGUGGUGCAAACUAUUGCACCAGAACGAGUAUUUGCUAUCAAUGUUCAUAUUUCUGGAAGUUUGGCUACUCGUUUUUCAUCGGAUGUAUAUGGCAUAAAGAUCCGCGAAGAUACUGCUCCGGAAACAUUGGUCCCGAGCAGUCCGGAAAUAACACUUAUCAAUUCAAGCUCAUCCAAUUUGCACAUAUCGAUAAUCUCAAAUUCGACAAACUUACCUUUUGUCAUUGUUGCUAAGAGAAGACAGAAUCUCACAUAUGCAAGGGUAACUUGUUUUAUAAAUUUUCUAUCAAAAAUGCGUUUAUUUUUUAGCUGUUUUCAAUAG